GGAGGAGGAGGAGGAGGAGGAUGACAGGCGGCGGGAAGCGCAGGACGCGGCCGGCGCCGGCCGACCAGAGCGAAAAAACUAAAGAGGUGAAGAGGAGACGAGCCAAUCGGGCAAGUGUUUCUGACGAGCUGCGCCAGGAAGUGGAAAAUCGCUACAGACUCCCAAUGCCUGAGGAUUUCUACCAUUUCUGGAAGUUCUGUGAAGAACUGAAUCCUGACAGACCAGCCGAUGCAUUGUCAAUAAGCCUGGGACUUCAGCUAGUUGGGCCUUAUGAUAUCCUCGCUGGGAAACACAAAAUGCUGAAGAAAUCAACAGACCUGAACUUUAACCUUCACUGGAGGUUUUUCUACGAUCCCCCAGAGUUCCAGACCGUUAUUGUCGGAGACACCAAAUCUCAGUAUCACAUGGGCUACUUCAGAGACACACCAGAGGACUUUCCAGUGUGCGUAGCUGCAAAUGAGGCCAAGAAAAGCUGUACGAUCGCUCAACUUGGAGAAAAUGUGUUUGCUGCAGUCAAAUUGUUUUUAUCGAAAAAGCUGAAGGACGUAACAGAUAAGAAGAAGAGCUGUCUUUUGAGAAACAUAGAUGAAAAACUAACAGAAGCAGCCAAAGACUUAGGUUAUUCCCUGGAACAGAGGACCGUGAAGAUGAAACAGAGAGAGAAAAAAGUGGUGACCAAGACCUUCCAUGGAGCAGGCCUCGUUGUCCCCAUCGAUAAAAAUGAUGUCGGCUACAGAGAGCUCCCUGAAACCGAUGCUAACCUCAAGAGAAUUUGCAAGACGAUCGUGGAGGCCCCAAGCGACGACCAGCGAAUGAAAGCUUUCGCCCCUCUUCAGGAAAUGAUGACGUUCGUUCAGUUUGCUAACGACGAGUGCGACUACGGGAUGGGACACGAGCUGGGGAUGGACCUCUUCUGCUACGGCUCCCACUAUUUCCACAAGGUCGUCGGGCAGCUCCUACCUCUUGCCUACAAUCUGCUAAAGAGGAAUCUGUUCGCAGAAAUCAUCGAAGCUCACCUGGCCAACAGGAAUAGAGAAAACGUGGACCAACUCACAGGGUGACUGGAGGAAGAGAACGGCUGUACUUCUGUUUCAAGGGUAAUGGUGUCAGUCAAGUCCGUGCUGGUCUAUUUUGGCAUUGCUGCUACAGCUGUCAUUUUUUUUUUUUUAAAAAAAGGUGAAAAUAAAAAAAAAUGGGGGGUAAAUAAAACUUUUUUCUAAAAUC